AUGAAGAAACUUCCACAACACAACCGUCUGAAUUGGCUGAAGCACGACACUGUUCACGAGAAAAAAGUACUGCUGGAGGAGAAGAACGAAGUACUGUUACUGCGCGAAGUGUUGAAUCGCUUACCAGAAAAUUGGUCGAAGUGGUUGAGCCACAGUACUACUCGUUACGACAAAGAAGUAUUGCUCGAGCAGAAGAACAGGGCGCCGUUUCUAUCCAAAAUGAAGAAACUUCCACAACGCAACCGUCUGAAACAACUGAAAAACGAUAUUCGUCACAAGAAAAAAGCAUUGCUGGAGGAGAAGAAAAAAGUGCUGUUUCUGCCCGAAGUGUUGAAUCGCUUACCAGAAAAUUGGUCGAAGUGGUUGAGCCACAGUACUACUCGUUACGACAAAGAAGUAUUGCUCGAGCAGAAGAACAGGGCGCCGUUUCUAUCCAAAAUGAAGAAACUUCCACAACGCAACCGUCUGAAACAACUGAAAAACGAUAUUCGUCACAAGAAAAAAGCAUUGCUGGAGGAGAAGAAAAAAGUGCUGUUUCUGCCCGAAGUGUUGAAUCGCUUACAAAAAAAUUGGCCGAAAAGUAUUGCUCGAGCAGAAGAACAGGGUACCGUUUCUGUCCAAAAUGAAGGAACUUCCGCAACACAACCGUCUAAAACAACUGAAAAGCGAUAUUCGUCACGAGAAAAAAGUAUUGCUGGGGGAGAAGAACGAAGUACUGUUACUGCCCGAAGUGUUGAAUCGCUUACCAGCAAAUUGGCCGAAGUGGUUGAACCACGAUAUUCGUUACGACAAAAAAGUACUGCUUGGGCAGAAGAACAGGGUACUGCUUCUAUCCAAAAUGAAGAAACUUCCACAACACAACCGUCUGAAACAACUGAAAAACGAUAUUCGUCACAAGAAAAAAGUAUUGCUGGGGGAGAAGAACGAAGUACUGUUACUGCGCGAAGUGUUGAAUCGCUUACCAGAAAAUUGGCCGAAGUGGUUGAACCACGAUAUUCGUUACGACAAAAAAGUACUGCUUGGGCAGAAGGACACGAUGGUGUUGUUUCUAGUCGAAGUAAGGGAUCAUCGAUCACAAUAAAGCCACAAGAAAUAACUGAAAAACGAUAUUCGUCACGAAUACGAAGAAGUGCUGCUGGAGGAGGAGAACAAGGUAUUGUUUUUGUCGAAAAUGAAGAAACGUCCACAACAAAAUCGCCUGAAAUUGCUGAAAAACGAUAUUCGCCACGUGAAAAAAGGUAUGCUGCUGGGGCAGAAGAUCGCCACGAUAAUUUUUCUAUUCAAGCUGAAGAAUCAUCGAUCACAAUAAAGCCAUCUGAAAUAACUGAUACACGAUAUUCGUCACGAUUGGGAAGAAGUAUUGCUCGAGCAGAAGAAAAAGGUUCUGUUUUUGUCCAAAAUGAAGAAACGUCCACAACAAAGCCACCAGAAUUGGCUGAAGCACGAUUCUUGUCACAAGAAAGAAGCAUUGCUUGGGGAAAAGAACAAGAUGCUGUUUUUGCCCGAAGUAUUGAAUCGCUCAAAAUAAAGCCGCCAGAAGAGGCCGAAGCACGAUUCUCGUCACAAGAAAGAAGUAUUGCUGGGGGAGAAGAACACAGUAUUGUUUCUACCCGAACUGUCGUUUCUGCCCGAAGUGAAGCUAUUCCAUUGUCACAGCUCACAAUACUUCGCUCACCUGCUCGCUGGGGUUUCGGAGAAGCUGAGGAUAGUAGGCCAUAUUAUCUUAGCGGAUUCCAUUGGACAGCGAUGUAUGCGAGGGCCAGAGAUUACAGGAAGGAGCUGUUCCAUAAAAAAAAAACUGGUGCUGUACAUGGGGACAACAACAUUGAUUUAUCGAAUCCAGUGAAACUUGGCGAGGGAACAUUUGGCGAAGUUUUCUUGGUCAAAUUUGAAGCAAAAACCGUUGCCUUGAAGAUUAUUCCUGUUGGCGGUAAGAAACUGAUUAAUGGUGAUCGGCAGAAGACGUUUCGUGAAACUGUUGCUGAAUUGAUCGUUUCAAAAGAACUUUCGGAUUUGAAUCGCUAUGAAGAUGGCUUUUCAACGGAGGGUUUCAUCAGACUCAUGGGAACCGCUGUUGUUAAAGGAAUGUAUCCAAAAACAUUAGUAAAAGCAUGGGAAGAGUAUGAUGAGCAGUACAGAUCCGAAAACGAACAUCCACGUAUUUUUGAUUCUAACCAGCAUUUCCUGCUGUUGGCCUACGAGGAAGGCGGCGUAGAUUUGGAGAAAUAUAAGGUUUAUGAGAUUGAGGUUUGA